UUUCCGUAACUGUGUGAUGCUGUCGGUUCCUGCAAUAGUGGGGCAGCUUUGCUUUGGAAAUCCGGUUGAUGGUCGAACGUAAAAAAUAAGAAAAUAAAAUAAUGCAUCGCACCAUCGACCCCCAUUAAAAAUUCCCGUUCGCUCUCACUACUCUCACUUUUUCACUCUCUUUCAUGGUGUUUCUUCACCAGUAUUUUACCGUUGUAUGCUCAUACACAACCAACCGAUCGCGUUCGCGAAGAGCAUUGGACUUGUGUGGUGUUGCUUGUUGGAAUCGGUUGGCUCUACCGAUGUUGUGCGGAAUGGCUCCUCACAGUUAGCUUUUCCUGGUUGCAGUAUGUUCAAUGAUGUGGGCUAUAGAGUGAAAGAGCAGGCACGAAGGGGUGGGAGGUAUACACAUAGCAAUGAAGUUGCCGACGGGCGGAAGCAUGUUUUUCGUUUUCAUUUGCCACUCGCGCGGCUCGCGCCGAGAACCCGAGCCGGGUUGGUUUGGACGAUUCAUUCCGUAACCUACUUUGCUUCGAUACAUACACGCUUUUAGUUUAGCUCGGCACUACAAUUACUUCGUGUAGAUAGAUGAAUAGUUUUCAUUCAGCCAGCACUCAAAUAGCGGAGUUCUACUAUUAUAGACGACGAUGUUCAACGCUUUCAUCGUGGUCUCCCUGCUAGUACAAAUUGCCUGCCUAUUAUUGCCUUAAGUUUUUACAGGUCGGCAGGAAACGGUGGUUUAAAUAUUUGUCAUUAAUGUGUACGUUAAGGGGAAAUGUCAAACUCAAUUAACUUUUCCUGAAGUCAAAUGCAAGUGUAUCAAAUUAAAACGCAUACAAAUAGUUGAAUGGCAAGAAAUGAAGUGAGAAAUAAUACCAAAACCAGUGACGAGAAAGUUUUUUGCUUGAAUGAAAAUUAAAUAGCGAAUUGUUGUAUACUUAUAAAAUAGAGAAGUGUGUAAAAUUCUCUUAGCGAGGUGAAUUCUGUCAUCAGUUCCUGAAUCCUUCAGCAUACGUCAAUUUAAAUCAAAGUGUUGCUACACUGGAUCUGCGAAUCAUAAACACGGAAAUCCUUGAUGUAGUGCAACAUUGAGCGAGUGCAGUGAUCUAACACAGCAUCGCAAGCAGCUGCAAUCUCUCCACUUGGAAUGAAAAAAGUAAACAGAUCCGCCAAUACAAAGAAAAAGAAACAGCUCGAUUGUGAUCGUGUUCGUUGCACAAUGUAUGGUUGUACACUACUCUAUUAAAUAAGUGCAAAUCUACUUGUGUGUGCGUAUGUCAUUCCUGUUACACCUUCUUCCAACUGAUCUUGGUGUGGUAUGAAUAAGAAACUAAAAUGUGUUGAUUGUUAACUCCUAUAUUCGGGGCAUAUUGUGGAAAUGAACGUCUAUAGUUCAGUGUUGUAAAGGCGUUCAAUAUUCUCAACCAGUGAUCGUUGUCUUAAUGUAUUGCUAAGCAAAACUUUUGAACACAGCUAUUGUUGAUAUGAUAUGAAUGUGUACUUAUUCUAUCUUUUUCCGGUUUGUUCUGAGUUUAUAAGUUAGUACUUAUGCGCGAUGGUGUUAGUAGUUGACUAUGAAAAGUGAGAGUGCAUGUAAUGCGAGAAAAAGACUUAAACUGUUUUCAUGACGAUUCAGUGUAUGAGAUUCAAUGAGUGCAAGUUACUUUUGUGUGAUUUUGUGUAAAGGAUUUGUUAGUGCGAAUCAGAUAUUUGCAUUUUUUAUAAUUACACCAAAAGAGUGACAAUGUAUGUGUGGUUGUGAAUAUUUGUAUGGAAAAUAUUUUAAAUUCAAAAUGCUGGAACAGUGCUACUCUCACUGCUGUUGGCAGUACAGAAUGUUUAAUACGUUUAAUCUAAAAUACGGUGAAAAUGAGAAAUGCAGUACAAUAGUAUUUUAGCAUAUACAUGAAGAAAUUGCAUGUACAUCGAAGUUAAGAAAUGGUGUGUUCGUAUUUGAAUUUAUUCGCUGUGAUAGUGCUAUGGCACGAAUAAAAAUAAAACGUUUUUCAACUCGUGCCGUUAUUAGCCACUAAAUCUAUGCCAAAAUUCAUAAAUCAGAGUUUUUUCUAGUUGUGAAUAAAACAUUCUGCACUAUAUUUAUUUCAUAAAAACAAGUUUAAAACACCACAACAUCUUUUAGAGGUGUUUGCCUGAAACCAUAACUUUGAUAUCGUGAUGCUAGAUAAUAAAUCUAAGCUACAAUGUAAACGUUUAGUGUUUAUGCGAAAACUGACGUGCGAUCGAUUGUGAUAAAUAUUUGAAAUACUGCUUCCUGACAAUGUGCGAAAAAUACCGAUUUUGCUAAAAUCAAAAUCGUAUUUCAAUUGAGGCAGUUUUCGGGGGAAAGCAGGAAGCAUCAAAAAUGACAUCAUUAGGAAUUAUGACACUGAGCCGUGGACCAUACAGCGAGCUCGAUAAAAUGAGCCUAUUUCAAGAUUUGAAACUAAAGAGACGAAAAGUUGACUCACGAUGUAGCAGCGACGGCGAAUCCAUUGCUGAAACGAGCACAUCGUCACCAGACCUUCUGCAGCCUGUGUCACCGAAGAUGUGUGAUCAGCAGCCUGCGCAUCUAGGCCUGCCACAAAAGGGCCGUUUGAUGGAAAUCAGCGAAGAUGGGCUGCAAAAGGAUCCACCUGACGCCUUAACUUCGUCACCAACUUCGCCAUCAAGUGUAGAUGAAGAACAAGAGCAAGUGUGCUCCACCGCUAGUGGUAUACAAACAUCUGCAAAUGAUGGCGGUAGCAAUAGUGCUGGUAUUAACGAAAAUGUUGAUUUACAAAUCACCAGCAAUUACCAUGCAAAUUGUUUGAAUGGAAACGAAUUAAAGGAUAGAAAUGCAUGCCGUGGUCAGGAAGAAGGGGAUAUUCUCACCAGCUAUGAAUCAGACGGUAGCAAUCUAGCAGCAACAGACACUUUGCUUUCAAAACCAUCAACAAAAGCAACAAUAAACAGGUAUGACAACGCUACUGUACUAAAUACCAUUAAUCUGAAGGACGAUGCGUAUGAGAGUAGUAAUAUAGUGUCCCCCGACUGUUCACCAGAUGUGUUCACAGAGGAACACACAGACGGUAUAAAUGGUGGUCAGAGCAGUGCAUCAAACCUAUCCGCUGCUAGUGUUAUACGUUCUGUAGCUGAUGAACAACGACCUCGUUCGGUCAAUCCUCCGAUCAAUUUUACAACUACAUCGAAGAGUACUAAAGAACAGAGAAAUAGUAGCAGUAUUUGUGACAACGUUCUCGACAAUAGCAACUAUGUACGAUUAGAUAGCGCUCCCAGUAUCAAAAUACAUACCGGCCAUAAUACUAACAACAUUCGGUGUGCUGUCCCUACCACUACAACAACAUGUCACAUAGAUAGUGGCGCUAGUAGUAAAACCACCAAUGCAAUACUAAUAAAAUCCAUUGAGUCGCUACACCAGCAAUACGACGAGGAGAGUGUUGGUGUGGAAAAUGAUAUAGAUUGUACGAAAGCACAAAACGGAGUGGCUGCAAGCGAUACUGCAAUAAACCCAUGCACUGACAACGUCAGAACUUUGUUUAGUAGUGAUCAAACACAACAUCAUGCAACGGUCCUUGUUACUCCCCCGUUAUCACGAAUGAAAAACAAUAACCUCUCAAACCCGCAAGGUAAUAGCACGGGAAACACAGCGACGGCUGCAGCUGCUGUAGCGGCAGCAGCUACGACUCUGGUAACACUAGGAAUGCGGAAGCAGCAAUCGUUGCCACCUCUUUCCACAAAGUUGACAGAAUCACCGUGUUUAUCCACACUAUCGUCAUCCACAUCGGCAUCUACAUCAUCGAUAUUUUCUUCGUGUUCAUCGAUACCCAACUCCAUCAUCGUAUCAAGUGACCAAAAUUUUUUUUACAACGACUCUAAUAAAAAUACUGGAAUUUCAAAUCGUAAUCAAAGAGAUGGAAACGAAAUGAAUGAUGAUCAUAAAAGUAGGCAGAACAUCAUAUCACCGUUGAGGAUAGACUCUUCAACGUUCAGUGACACUACCACUACGAUUAACACUGCCACUAACACUACCGCCUCAGAGGAAUCCUCAUUGUCGUUAUCCUUUCAUCCUCAAAAAUCAUUCACUGAAGUUGGUGGAUUACCUUCAAAGAUUAUUUCUAGUCAAGUUAUAGCCUGUGCUGGAAACAUUAGUAGCGCAGUGCCUAAUAACUCUAGCCAGCAGCAGCAUGUAAUUAUAACGCAACAACAAAUGUUGCAAGCAAUGCACCAACAGAUUCGCAUAAAAAAGGAACGUCAACAAAAACAUUUGAUUGUGCAGAACAACCAUCGCACUGUUCACACAAGUUUUUCGGAGGUUCAUAAUGCCCAACAGCUAAUUAUAAAACGUGAACGUAGUGCAAGCAGCGGUUUAAAAUCACCAAAUUCGUCCGGUUCCGUAGCUCUUUCUCAUGCGGCAAUUAUACGUCAGUCCGCCAGUCCAGGACCAAUGGGAAAUGUUAACCAAAUGGGCCCGAUGCAACCACCGAUAUCUCCGCAUCAAUCUAUUUCAUACCGUCACCCAAACAGUCCUGUGCCCAUGGGUUCAUCGUGUGGUACACAAAAACCUCAGGUGAUUGUCAAACGCGAGCAUGCAUCAUCGAUACAUCAACAGCAAUUCCACCUUCAGCAUCAACCUCCAUCGAUAGGAAGAACUAUUAAUGUUGGUGCAUUAAGUCCAGCUGGGAAUUUCACAACAAACAAUCUACCUACAACCACGUCUUCGUUUGCAUCCACGGUUGGUUGUCUGUCGAUGCGUAAUCCGAUUCGUGAUACUGCUUUAUUGUUUCGUGUGAAAAAUGAAACAAAUGCGUUAUUAAGUCAACAACCAAAACAACAACAACAGCAGCAGCAGCAGCAGCAGCAGGAGCAGCAUCAGCAGCAGCAGCAGCAGCAGCAGCAGCAGCAGCAGCAGCAGCAGCAGCAGCAGCAGCAGCAGCAGCAGCAGCAGCAGCAGCAGCAGCAGCAGCAGCAGCAGCAGCAGCAGCAGCAGCAGCAGCAGCAGCAGCAGCAGCAGCAGCAGCAGCAACAGCAACAGCAACAGCAACAGCAACAGCAACAGCAACAGCAACAGCAACAGCAACAGCAACAGCAACAGCAGCAACAACAUCAGCAACAACAUCAACAGCAUCAGCAACAACAUCAACAGCAUCACCAAAAACCAAGUCAUCGCAUGGUAUGGCCAAGUCCCGCAGCAUUAUCUGGAACUGCAGUAGUAUCUUCCGGAGUUAUGACACCUCACCGAAUUAAUGGCGUAAAACCAGAAGUUAUAGGUGGUCCUUUGCCACCUAUAAGAAGUCAGAUAUUAUCUCCCCACCACACGCAUCAACAACAAACGCAGCAGCAGCAACAACAACAUUCUCCUCAUAAUCACCAACAGCAGCAAUCGCCACAGCAUCAUCCUAGUAGCUCGGGGUCAAAUGCAUCACAAACCCCUGCACGUAUGACACCGACUGUAAUAAUGGGUGAAUCAUGCGGCGUACGUACGAUGGUAUGGAGCUACGAUACUACGUUGCAAAAAGUCCAUAACACUAAUUCAACAAAUACUGUUAGAAGUGGAAGUACGGACACCGAUUCAGUGUCUGGUAUAGCCACGGUAGGUAGCAACAACGCAGGAAACAAUCUCGGAACCCAACUGCAGCAUCAUCCACAACAACAAUUGACACAUCAUCAACAUUCGCAGAAUCAACAGAAUGCAAAUACUAGCAAUAGUAGUAGUUCUGAAAUCAUCGACAAUAGCAACAGCAACAAUAGUUCCCACAACACUGUGUCGCAAAAUAGUAACAACGAAGAGGCAGCACAUCUUCUCUUAAGUUUGGGACAGUCAGUUGUACCGAAUACGUCGCCAACUGCAGCUGCAGUAACGGUUGCCGCAGCGGCUGUUGUCGCAGGUCAUACUCAAUCUUGGCAGGGAACGAACCAUGUUCGCACUAACUUACCACUUAAUAUGGAGCGGCUGUGGGCCGGGGACUAUGCUCAAUUUUCAUCAACGGGAUCUCAGCAACAACAGCAAGCUCUUAACCUUACAUCUCAACAGCAGCAGCAACAACAAAAUAUAUCUUGGAGCUUGUCUGGUACAGGAUCUGCGGGUGGGCCGAAAAAGGAAAUAUUAGACGACAUGCCACCGGACGAUGACGAUCAACCGUUGGUGUGCAUGAUAUGUGAAGAUAAAGCAACAGGAUUACAUUAUGGCAUAAUCACGUGUGAAGGGUGCAAAGGGUUCUUCAAGCGAACUGUGCAGAAUCGUCGAGUAUAUACAUGUGUAGCUGAUGGAACUUGUGAGAUAACAAAGGCUCAGCGCAACCGUUGCCAGUAUUGUAGGUUUAAAAAGUGUAUCGAGCAAGGCAUGGUGCUUCAAGCGGUUCGAGAAGAUCGUAUGCCCGGUGGUAGAAAUAGUGGAGCUGUUUAUAACUUGUAUAAAGUUAAAUAUAAGAAACAUAAAAAGAGUAACCUGAAAUCGAAUACCACUAAGUUACAGCAAGGUUCUGGUGCCAUUGGAGCCGCUAUCACUAAUCUUAGUGACAUCGGAGUAGGAGCAGGAGGUUCGCUGCAACUAGGCAGCGGUAUUGGUUCUGUUGGAAUCGCGGAAAGUCCAAAGUCUUCAAAUGCGUAUCAGCACGCACAUUUAUCAACGCACCUUCAACACCAUCAUCUGCCUUCGACAACUUCCCCAGCGUUGGUUAAAUCAGAGAGCAUGAAUUUGAACUUAAUGAACGGUACCAUCCUCAAAACCGCUCUCACCAAUCCGAGUGAGAUCGUGCAUUUACGACACAGGCUUGAUAAUGCCGUAAGCUCAUCUAAGGAUAGAUCGAUUUCGUACGAACAGGCCUUGAAUAUGAUACACACCCUAAUUGACUGUGAUGCAAUGGAAGAUAUAGCAACUCUGCCGCAUUUUAGUGAAUUCCUCGCAGAUAAGUCAGAGAUUGGUGACAAGCUGUGUAAUAUUGGCGACUCGAUCGUACACAAGCUGGUCUCGUGGACACGCAAGCUUCCGUUUUAUACGGACAUUCCUGUCGAAAUACAUACUAAAUUGCUGACGGAUAAGUGGCAUGAGAUCCUGGUUUUAACAACGGCUGCCUACCAAGCUAUGCAUGGUAAGAAGAAUAUCAGUGUUACCCAAACGCAAAGUGCAGGACUGGUGCUAACACCGGAUAAAAAUGAUCCCGAGUUCACUGAAGAGAUAACUGCCCACUUGAAUACGUUACAAUCCUGCCUUACGACCCUAAUGGGACAUCCAAUAUCUAUAGAGCAACUUAAGAUCGACGUUGGCCAAAUGGUGGAGAAAAUGACCCAAAUUACGAUAAUGUUUCGUAGAAUUAAACUAAAAAUGGAAGAGUAUGUUUGUCUGAAGGUGUACAUUCUACUUAAUACAGAAGUUGAGCUGGAAAGCAUACAAGAAAGAUACGUACAAGUACUUAGAAGUUAUCUGCAACACACUGUUCCACAUAAUCCCAAUCGACUGAGUGAUCUUCUGGCGCAUAUUCCAGAGAUUCAAACGGCAGCUAGUUUGCUCCUGGAGAGCAAAAUGUUUUAUGUACCCUUCGUUCUAAAUUCUGCCAAUAUUAGGUAGCGAAUGAUCGAUCGAGUCGUAAAAUUGCCAUCGAACAUUAAUCGAAGUUCUUGUGAUAAACGUCAAGAGAAGCUGGAACAAAAUUGCUCGUACUGCAGUAGAGUUACUGAUGAAGAUCACUGCCUGAACGAUCAUGAGCCUUUGUAUAGCAAAAGAAAUCAUAACUACUCGAUGGUAGAAUGUUCCUUUUUGCAUGAAAUUACCCCGAUGUCGUUAUCGACAACCAAGGAGCAAGAAUUGGCGUCCGAUUCUACUGCAGCCAGCAUGCAGACCAGAAUAAAUUCAUCACUGAGAAUGACUUCCAAAAGGCUAAUUAAGAUGAACACACCCGAUAGCAACAAUGACAUUGAAAAUACCAAGAUUAGCACGGACGUCCCAAGUUUCACUGCCGAUAUACAUAAUUUUAACAAAAAUUGUCGUAUUAGUAAUAAUAAUUACGAUGUACAUAACAAUUCUGAUGAUACCAAUAGCACCAAUGCCGUAACAAUAUUUGUUAUUAAAACAGUGUUACCUGAUGAUUAAUCACUUCGAGACAUUCGAGGCCAUAAUAAAGCACAGUCAAUAUGGGAUACGUACCCAUUUACAAAAUUUUGACUACGAUCGGAUCCUAAAACUGUAAAAUAGAUAGGAAAACGCUACCCCGUUUCGUCGCACGAUGAGUUAUAUCUCUUGUCUGACUUUUAUACAUUUUCUGCUUUUGAACAUGGAGUUCCGUCCUUGGCGAGACGCAUUUUUGCCAUAUUACAUUGGAUAGGUGGAAUUGGAACUAUUCUUUCAUGUUCGAUUCCAGUGAGCGAUUUGACAUGAAAAUUCUUCUUGCUAGUGUUAUAACGAGCAUCAAAUCAGAAUUGGUUUUAGUUGUAAUUAUUCUGCUGGACCGAUCAAAACGAUUGAUAUCAUGAUGAAAUCAUCUCUGUUCUUGUGCUGCCUUUCAUUUAAAUGAAAAUAAUAUUUUGUUUACCUUUUAUUUGACAUUCUGACAGUUAAUUUCCUCUCGGCACGAAACUGACCACGGGCAUGCAAAUUUUCACUUUUUUUAUUCAUUUUCAAAAUGUCUUUGUGGAUUUAAUUUCUUCCCACCUUAUCCAAUGUAAUAUGGCCAUUAUGGCUUAAAUUCCACAAGCAAUUAAUUCUUUCCACUAUUGGUGCUGCGGAUUUCGUGUCAUCUUUGACGAGAGACAGUAAGAAAAAUUUCAUCGUAAAAUAAUCCUUGUACCCUUUGUUCAUAAAAAAUAAUAUACAAGUAAACGCAUUUAUUCAAACAAAUAUUGGCUAGCAGCAGUAACAUAGGUCUCAUCGGUAAGUUUCUCUAUUGAGUUGAGUGGUUUGCGUGGCACAUAAAUGACAUGUACGUUGUUAAAAUUGCGAUAAUGUGACACGGUGCUGCUAUCAACUGAUUACAUGGAGGUAUAUGAAGAUUUACGUUUAAUAUAAUAAUGCCGUAUACUAAUGGGUAAACCUAUCUUCUGAAACUCCAUACAAUCAUUACACUGCUGUUGGACGAUGAUGAUUACGAAGAGGGUUCGAGCAGUAUAUAUAAUGAAAUCAGGACAGCUGGUCAGCAACGUCUAGUUUGAUUAAUUUUUGUUUAAUAUGAAUUCCGAUCCCGGUAGGUAAAGAAACUCAAAUGCUGAUGAUGUGUUUUAAACAAUUACAUUGCAAGAAGUGAAAACAUUCAUGUGUCGUGGUUCACAUUCAUAAAAGAUUUCAUAGCUAUAAUGCAGAAAAUGCAUUAAACAAGUAUCAUCAACUCACAGAAAAAAUCACCUUACUCAUAAAAACAUUCGAGGAAAUUUUUUUUUUCCAAUACUAGGAAGUCUGAAAUGAAUGCCUUCUAUAUUAAAUUAGCAAAUUACUGAGCAUAAGAAAGCAUAACACAAAACACGCUAGCGUUUUACAAUAAAUAGGCAAAAUAUUGGAUAGAAAAGUAAUAGAUUAAUACAAUACAGAGAUCAACAUGGUGGGUGGGCGUUAGUGUAGGGUGUUGAAGGAAUCUAAAUAAGUAGAAUGUACCAAAAUGUCAGCAAAAGUUCAGUUGAAUGAAUCAUCAGAUAUAAUUUUUUAACGAU